AUUCAAAUUUACCCACUCUAGUUGCUAAAUAAUUAUUAAUCUAAUCCUAAUCGAAAAAAAAGUAGGAAAAGGGAAAAUUUGGAUUCGUUAAUAUCGAUUUCCUGCGGCGGCGGUGGUAUAUAAUAUGGCAGCUCAAAGAUUGGUUUGGAGAUUGAGUAGCUUUCCGGUGGCAAAAGUAGAGCAACGGCCGCCAUUUACAGGUCGAGGUCGAAUCAAAAUGUCUGCCGCCAAUUCGCAUUCUACAAGAAAGCUGCCCAUACUGCUUUUUGAUAUUAUGGACACAAUCGUCCGCGAUCCUUUUUACCACCACAUCCCUGCCUUUUUCGGAAUGUCUAUGGAUGAGCUUCUGGAAUGCAAGCAUCCUACUGCCUGGGUUGAGUUUGAGAAGGGUCUUAUUAAUGAGGUUGAGCUGGCACAAAAGUUUUUUAAGGAUGGGAGGCCAUUUGACUUGGAAGGACUCAAAAGCUGCAUGAGGAGUGCAUAUACCUACAUUGAAGGAGUUGAAGAAUUACUUAUUGAUCUAAAGAACGAUGGAUAUGAAAUGCAUACUUCAACAAACUAUCCCAUUUGGUAUGAAAUCAUUGAAGAAAAGCUAAAACUCUCAUCCUACUUGUCUUGGACAUUCUGUUCAUGCACAAUGGGAAAAAGGAAGCCUGAUCCUGACUUCUAUAUGGAUAUGUUGAAGCACUUAAAGGUCGGGCCAACAUCAUGUAUCUUUAUUGAUGACAGGAUGAAAAAUGUUGAGGCUGCGCUCCAUGCUGGCUUCAAUGGCAUCCACUUCAAAACUGCUGAUUCAUUGCGAAAGGACCUCUCUGAUCUUGGGGUUAUUUUGCAUACUGAAAACCCAAAUUUCAGUUGAUUUUUAAUUCUUUGUUCAAGAUAUGUAGAUUACACCUCCUUUUCGAUUUUAAACCAUACAUGUUCCUCUCCUUCUUUGUAUAUUUUGCAAUAAAUGUAUUAUCUUUCGAUUCAA